UAUAUAGCUCUCUCACUCCCGCCAAACGAAAGCGACGCACCACACCACGCCGAGCCAUGGAGUCAUCGCCUUGUGCGGUGCAGCUCCAGCUGCUGCUGGUUCUUCUCGGCGUCGCCGUCGUCUCGGCCUCGGCUGAUGCGGCGUUUCCAAGAGAGGCGCUCCCGACCAGCUCCGGCUACCUCCCCGUCGACACCUCCACCAACGCCUCGCUCUUCUUCGCUUUCUACGAGGCCAGUGCCCCGCUCACCGCGCCGGCCGACACGCCGUUGCUCCUCUGGCUCGAGGGUGGCCCAGGCUGCUCCGGCCUGCUCAGCAACUUCCUCCAGCUCGGUCCCUAUUCUCUCAGCCGUCGCUCCGGCAACGGCGCAUCCCUCUCGCGCAACCCCUUCGCCUGGAACCGCCGCUUCGGGCUGCUCUUCCUGGACAGCCCGCUAGGCACCGGCUUCAGCGCCGCGCCGUCCACCGCAGACAUCCCGCGCAGCCAGCCUGCCAUCGCCGAGCACGUCCUCGCCGCGCUCCAGUCCUUCUUCGACGCCAGUCCGGCCCACUUCCGCGCGCGGCCCUUCUUCCUCGCCGGCGAGAGCUACGCCGGCAAGUACGUCCCCGCGGCGGCAUCGCGCAUCCUCGCCGCGAACACAGCGCUGCCGAUGCACAAGAGGAUCGGACUCCGUGGCGUCGCCAUCGGCAACGGGCUGGUGCACCCGGUCGCGCAGGUCGCCACGUACGCCGACACGGCCUACUUCAUGGGGCUCAUCAACGGGCGGCAGCGGCAGGAGCUGGAGGUUAUGCAGGCCGAGACGGCGGCGAUAGCAAGGGCUGGGCGGUGGGGUGAGGCGACGGACGCGCGCGCGCGGUUGCUGGGGCGGCUGCAGGAGUCCACCGGCCUCGCCACGCUCUUCGACGUGGUCACCCAGGGGUGGCUGGACGCCGACGUGCUGGGCGAGUUCGUGAACCGGGCCGGCGUCAAGGUGGCGCUGGGCGCCAGGGGCGACGUCGCCUGGGAGGCCUGCGCGGCCGAGGUGGUGGCGGCGUUGCGGGAGGACGGGAUGAAGAGCGCCAAGCCGGAGGUGGAGGCGCUGCUGCCGCGGGAGGGGAUGCGGGUGCUGCUGUACGAGGGUGUCCGGGACCUGCGCGACGGCGUGGCGUCGGCGGAGGCGUGGCUGGAGGAGGUGGAUUGGGAUGGUAUGGCGGAGUUCCGAGAAGCCAAGCGCGCCGUGUGGCGGACCACCGACGAGGGGGAGCUCGCCGGGUACGUGCAGAGGCACGGCGCGCUGGCACACGUGGUGGUGUACGGUGCCGGGCACUUCGUGCCGGCGGGUAACGGCCGCGCGGCGCAGGAGAUGAUUGAGGGUUGGGUGUUCCAGACGGGAGUGUUUGGUGGCGGCAACACCGGCCACCGUGUACUCGAGACCGGCGGCGGCGUCGGGCACGCCGUGAUAUGAUUAAGCUGGUGAAGACCACGAGUCUGACAGUUUUGAACAGUCAUCAACGAUAUAAUAUCUCUUCUAUUUUACA